GACGUCGCGCACGCCGCCGACAGGGUGGGACUGGCGGAAACGCUGAGAGUGCCAGAAGCAGAAUCCAAUUAUCCUCGGCGCUUGCUCGGCUGCAGGUUGUAAAAUGCCGGCUUAUCAUUCAACCCUUAUGGAUAGUGAUGUAAAACUGAUUGGAAACAUGGCAUUAUUGCCACUUAAGACCCAAUUUAAAGGACCCGCUCCCAAAGAAACCAAAGACACUGAUGUCAUUGAUGAAGCAAUCUACUAUUUUAAGGCAAAUGUUUUCUUCAAAAACUAUGAAAUAAAGAACGAAGCUGACAGAACCUUGAUUUAUAUCACUCUUUAUAUUACUGAGUGCCUCAAAAGAUUACAAAAGUGCAAUUCCAAAAAUCAAGGAGAGAAGGAAAUGUAUACCUUGGGGAUAACUAACUUUCCCAUUCCUGGAGAGCCAGGCUUUCCUCUUAAUGCCAUGUAUGCAAAGCCAGGACACAAGCAGGAAGAUGAGAUGAUGAGGGGUUAUUUGCAGCAGAUCAGGCAAGAGACUGGACUGAGACUUUGUGAAAAAGUGUUUGACCAACAGACUGACAAACCCAGCAAGUGGUGGACAUGUUUUAUAAAGAAGCAGUUCAUGAACAAAAGCCUGUCAGCACCAGGACAUUAAUAUCAGAAAAAUAAUUAAAAACGUGAAACAGCUGAAACACCAUACAGCAAGAUGUCAUGCAGCAAGAUGUACAAAAUUUUUGCCUUGUUUCAUAUGAUUUUAUACAGGGUUUGGAUACAAUAAAAGUAGUGUUAUUCUGAACAGCAUUUUUUAAAAGGUGAAGACUAUUAAAUACUUGACAUGGUAUAAUUUACUUGAGAGCUUCUUAGUUUGUGCCUGAAUGGUAAUCAGUAAGUCUAAUAUUUGAAAGCUAUAUCCUGAUUCCCAGUAACUGUUGUCAUCACAUUGCAUGUUAUUGCGUCAGUAUGUAAGCUGAUGGUGCUUGCACAACUAUAUUAGUAUUAACAAUAUUGGUAUUUCUUUCCUGUGACUAAUAAUGUUCAUUUUCUGCUAUUUAACACAAUUUUCUCAGCUGUAAGGAACAAACAUAGUUAAAUCAGAACUUUCUUGAUUGCCAUGCUUUAAUACGGAUUAAGCUAGCUUUCCAUAUUUUGGCAAAAAAUGUUAAUUGUUUUCUUUUUUAAAAAGAAAAUGGACUAAUAAAACUGUUGGACAUCAA